AUGAACGCGCCGGACCGCAUCGAUUCCUACGUCCUCGCGGACGGCGAGAAGAAGAUGGUCUACGCCAACGACGAGAAGAUCCCGAACGCGGGGACGUUCACCAUCGCGAAGGAGACGCACACCGUCGGCCACUUGCUCCAGAUGCAGGUCCUGCGGAACAAUCAGGUCAGGUACUGCGGCUACAAGAUGCCCCACCCGCUCCAGAACUCCAUGCUCGUCAAGGUCCAGACGACGACGUCCAAGGCGACGCCCGUCGCCGUCGUCGGCGCCGCGCUCGCGGAGCUCCAGAGCGAGUGCGAGGUGCUCGACCGGUCCUUCCGCGACGCCGUCUCCGAGAAGAAGGACGCGCUCGCGCGCGAGGAGCGCGAGCGCGCCGCGGCGCGGCGGGCCCAGGGGCCGGCGAUGUACUAA